AUGCGCGAUUCAAACUACAAGUCGACGUCGACCAACAAGGCGGCAGUAACCAUAACCACGAGCUUGUACGACCGCCGAGCUUUGGAUGUUACAUCGGACAAGCCGUUGGUCAACUCGUUGAACUAUUUAACCUACUUGGUGUCAUCACUGGCCAAAGUUAGAGAAACCCUUUCCAUCGACGGGGGAAUAGAAAGAUUGAUUGAAAUUUUGCACGAGUGCCACAACUCUACGUUCAACGUCGUAGACAACAUCUUCAACAGCGAAAGAAAGCUCUUGACUGCCUGGAAAUGGACGCUUGCGUUUCAGUGUCUUGUUCUCGUGGCCACAAGAGGAACCGAGAAAAUUAGACAGAAAGUGGUCAAGGCAGGAAUCUUGCCCAUCAUCGCUACGGUUUUGGACAACUAUCUAUCGCUUCACGAAAGAACAUUCAUCCAUGCCAACUCUAGACAGCAGCCUCAACAGCUGCUGAUGCUACAGUCUCCAUUCCACGGCCAACAGGCAGGCUCUGGUACCAACGGGCAACAGCCUUCGAUGACCCAAUCUCCUGUUCAAUUCCAGCCGUCAACAGACACCAUAGCCAACCAGCACCAACCAUCCAACACUGAUACAGACUUUGCUACUAGAGCUACAGCCACAACGACUGCACACCGGACUCUGUUCUUAGAACAGAAUCAGAAUACAGCACCCGGUCAGAUAAGAAACUCACCUGCAUUUGAUGUGAGCAACUUGCAAAUCCCGAUUCAUCUUGCUACGGCGGCCAUAGAGGCGACUCUGAUAUCAAGUAACAAUCCAUACCCUUCUUAUUUCAACACAAGCCACACAAAUAGUUUGACCAGCGAUGAUUACGACAAUUUAACUGUUGAUCAGUUGUUUAAGUUAAUCAGAUUGAAUACAUUUGCUCCAAGCUACAAUCCUGGCCAACUAUCUAGGUCUCCCAAUAGCGCAAAGACUAAUACCAUCAAUAACGACAUAAGAAGAAGAUUCAUUAUCGUUAAUAUCAUCAAAAAGUUGAGAGACGAAAAAGAUACUGAAAUUUUGGAUGAUAGGUUCUUUGAUGAUUGUGACUAUCAGAUGGACAACAACUUGCAGUUCUUGUCGGACUUGUACUUGCAAGACUGUGAAACCAACAAAAACUUGAUCAGCUCGAAGAUAGCGGUGAGAAAUUUCACGGAAACUGGAGUUGUUAUUCCGCGCGAUGAUGAUAUUGUCUGGUCGUUACAGCUCUUGGCAUACAUCUCGAAAUAUCCUUACUUAAAGGACGUGCUCCAAAAUACCCAUUUGGUAAUUGACAUGAGUAUAAGAGAUAAACAAUUGAAGUUGUAUUUGGAAAAGCAAAUGAAAUUGAAGUUAAAAAAGAAUUUGGCAAUAAAGUCGAGACCUACCAUUACUCCAAAAUCCCGUACGAGUAAGACUACUUAUUUGGAAAGGUUUGAGCCAUCUGCAUCAAACUCCCCACAGAUGUUGAAUGAUAUCAAUACGAUACAUGAUGAUAAUUUCAUCUUGGAAGAAGACAAAUUCGAGUUGUGCAAUAAACACGACGAAUCAAGAUUAACUGUGGCAGCUGAAAUCGAAGACGAAGAGGAAAGCGAAGAAGUCGAUGAUGAAGAGGAUGAGGAAGAAGAGGAUUCACUAGGUAACGAUUCAGAUAAAAAUGGAGCUGGUUUAUCAAACUCCAAUUCUAACUUGGAAAAUAGUUCUGAUUUGAAUCAUUUGACAAGUGAUGUUAUUAAUAACUCCGACUAUUUGAGUAAGUUAUAUGACUCCAUAAUUCAUAGCGAGUCGAUAGUAGACGAUUUGGAAAGAGAAAUUUCGUUGUUUCAAAUCAACGAGAAGAUGAACAAGUUUAUUGAUAUCGAAAGUAAGAAUUUAGUGAAUUCAAUUAUCAAAAAGAGGAAUGAAACAAAAGAUUUCUUGACUAAGAAAUGGAAUUAUGACGAUUACGAACACUUUGAUAUUGAUGAAAGUAACGAAGAUCAAGAUGACUCGCUCAUUGAAUAUAAAAAGGUCAACUUGUUUCCUAUUGUUGAAAAGUUUACAUUCUUGUCCGGAACGGACAUGUACUAUUGGUCUGGUGUCAUCAUGAGAAAUUCAUGUAGACGCAACGAAUUGAGAGGCGGUGUUAGACAAUGCGGUAAUUUGGAAUGCGGUAGAUGGGAAAAAUAUCCACGAGAGUUUCUGAAGUGCAGAAGAUGCAAGAGAACAAAAUAUUGUUCUCGCGAGUGCCAGAUGAGAGCAUGGCAUUGUCACAGAAACUGGUGUAUACCAAGUACCUCCAGCACAACUACAAGC